GGUUACUACCCGUCAACUGGAUUGUACAGCAACUUUGGUCGAGGAGGUUAUAUGGGAGGAUAUUAUGGUGGUUAUCCAGGUGGACUGUACGGUGGAUAUGGUGGAUUAAUGCCGCCACUAAAUCCAAGAGUGUAUACGGAUCCAGCUCCAAUGAUGCCAUUCGGUGGCAUGUAUGGAUAA